UGCGCAGUAGAGCCACAGGUAGCAUCAUGUCGCUGCGGGAUCCAGCGGCUCCAGCGGUUCCGUGAAGCCUUCACGGUGACUCGGACAUGAAGAAAGCAGAAGCUGCCUCUGGGAGGAACCUGUGAGCAUGUGACGGCGGCCCCUGCGUGGGUGAGUGUGGGGGCUGGUGCUGUGGAUCUGAGGAGGGCCCUCCGGGAUGGAGACCUGGACCCCGAACCCCCGGGCCAAGCCCUUCAUCCCGCGGCAGCAGCGGAGCUGGUACCUGACCUGGAAGUACCGGCUGACCCAGAGGAGGAGCCUGCGGAGGUUCUGUCAGGCCGGCGCCGUGCUCUUCCUCCUCAUCACGGUCAUCGUCAACAUCAAGCUGAUUCUGGACACCCGCAGAGUUGCUGAUGAAGACGCUGCAGCUCAGGAAUACGAAGACGUUCUUCCCAACAUGGAGACUCCUCGCCGGCCGGCCAGCGGGCGCAAAGUCCUGGACAUCGAGGUUUACUCCAGCCGCUCCAAAGUCUACGUGGCCGUGGACGGCACCACGGUUCUGGAGGACGACAUGCGUGAGCAGGGCCGAGGGAUCCAUGUGAUCGUUCUCAACCAGGCCACGGGUCACGUGAUGGCCAAGCGGAUCUUUGACACCUACUCCCCCCACGAGGACGACGCCAUGAUCCUCUUCCUCAACAUGGUGACCCGUGGCCGCAUCCUCAUCUUCACCAUCAAGGACGAGGGAACGUUCCACCUGAAGGACGCGGCGAAGGACCUGCUGAAGAGCUUUGGCAGCCAGGCGUCCCUCAACCUGAGCUGGAGGGACAUGUGGACCCUGGUGGUGAAGAAAGGAGGUCAGGUGUUCGGAGAGAAGCACUCCAAGUCUCCAGCUCUGUCCACAUGGGGCGACCCGGUUCUGCUGAAGACCGAGGUCCAGCUCACCGCCGCUGAAGAGGCCGAGUGCCACUGGGCUGACACCAAGCUCAACCGGAGGAGGAAGUUGUUCUGCAGCAAAGUGGAAGGAUACGGGAGCAUCUGCAGCUGCAAGGACCCGGCGCCCAUCGAGUUCAACCCUGAUCCUCUGCCCAACAACAACGUCUACAACGUUCCGGUGGCCGUCAUCGCCGGCAACAGACCCAACUACCUGUACCGGAUGCUGCGCUCGCUCCUCUCGGCCUACGGGGUCAACCCGCAGAUGAUCACCGUCUUCAUCGACGGGUACUACGAGGAGCCGAUGGACGUGGUGGAGCUGUUCGGGCUGAAGGGCGUUCAGCACACACCCAUCAGCAUCAAGAACGCCCGCGUGUCCCAGCACUACAAGGCGAGUCUGACGGCCACCUUUAACCUCCACCCUGAUGCCGGCUUUGCCAUCGUUCUGGAGGAGGACCUGGACAUCUCUGUGGACUUCUUCAGCUUCCUGAGUCAGACCAUCCACCUGCUGGAUCAGGACGACAGCCUGUACUGCAUCUCCGCCUGGAACGACCAGGGCUACGAGCACACCGCCGAGGACCCCGCCCUCCUCUACAGGGUGGAGAGCAUGCCCGGUCUGGGCUGGGUGCUGAAGAAGAGCAUCUACAAGGACGAGCUGGAGCCAAAAUGGCCGACCCCGGAGAAGCUCUGGGACUGGGACAUGUGGAUGAGGAUGCCGGAGCAGAGGAAAGGCAGAGAGUGCAUCAUUCCCGACGUGUCGCGCUCCUACCACUUCGGCAUCAUCGGCCUCAACAUGAAUGGAUACUUCCACGAAGUCUAUUUCAAGAAGCACAAGUUCAACACGAUUCCCAACGUGCAGCUGAGGAACGUGGAAAGCUUGAGGAAAGACGCCUACGAGGUGGAGAUCCAGAAGCUGCUGAGAGAGGCGGAGCUGCUGGACCACUCCAAGAAUCCCUGUGAGGACUCGUUUGUUCCGGACACGGAGGGGAAGACCUACAUCAUGUUCAUAAAGAUGGACUCUGAGCUGGACACGUCCACCUGGACAGAGCUGGCCAAGUGCCUGCAUGUUUGGGACCUGGAUGUUCGAGGAUAUCACCGAGGACUCUGGCGUCUCUUCAGGAAAAGGAACCACGUCCUGGUUGUAGCCGUGCCGAUCUCUCCGUACUCCGUGAAGAAGCCGGCUGCUGUCUCCCCGAUCCACUUGGAUCCCCCGCCCAAAGAGGAGGGGGCGCCGGUGGAGCAGCUGUAGAGCCGAGGACCCGCCUGAUCCGUCACGCGUCGGGCCGUCGGUCCGCAGACCAGAACUCCUGCAGUGAUGGAGGAUUCCUGCUGGGAAACCGGGUCUCCAGAACCUGGGAUCUCACAGCAGAGUCCGUUUGGUGGCCGGAGACCGACCAGUGACUCUGAACCAGCCUGGACCGGGCCGUUACGGAGCAGAACCCACACAGGGUCCCUGUUACUUAUUUAUUAAACCCGUCUGAGGUUUUUUACGUUUGUUUUUACCUUUUAACACAAUUAACUUUUCAUGGUCGGAACAUUUUUAGUCUUAAAAUUUCAAACGUCGAGACGAUGCAAUUCAGAGGUACUGAGUUCUACCCGCCGGGUUUCAGCGGACCCUCCUGUGACCCGGUUCAGCAUCUAAUACUGGCUGCUGCUGGAGAACCUCUUAAAGCUCAGAUUUUAAUGAGCCUGCUGCUCACGAGGUGAUGACAUCACUUCCUGUCCUGAAACUGAAGUGAUGAGCGGCAGCAGGAAACUUUACUGGAAACACUAAUAAACUCUGAACAUUUUAGCUUUUUUAUGUGUUAAGCCUUUUAUAUUCAUCCUAAAGUCCUUAUUGGGGAGUUCUUCAUGCUGUUUGUGGAUCAGAACAACUUUUAAAGCUCAGAAACAUUUUGACUCAAACGAUGAAACAUCCGUUUAGUUUCUGCUAAACUGUCUAAUUUUCAGCAGAGCUUUAUUUUUAUUUUUCUGUUGUAAGUCAUGAAAACACCAUCAAGUUAAACAUUUUUUAGUUCUAGUUCUGCUGGUUCCCCACCAGAACCUCUGAGUGGUGCUGUUGAUGGUUCGUGGUUCAGAACAAACCGAGAGAAGUUCCUCUGGAAAUCAUCCUGUUGUUUUUUUUUUUUUUUUUUUUUCAUGUUGGGAUGUUAAAGCAAGUUUUAGGAAAUGUCUGGAGAUAAAGUCCAGAAACCAGGAGAAACUGGACCAGGCUGGACAGAACCAUCUGAACCCAGUUAAGACGCUCCUGCCCUCUGCUGGCCGUUCCAGACAUACCAGCUUCUGUAAGAGCAAAUUACACCCAGACAUGUUUAUCUCCUCUGCCUGCUCAGAUGUUUCUGGGAUUUUUAAAACCAGAUUUAUUGUAAGGAAGAAGUCCCGGAUCAGGACUGUAGACGCUUCUGUUCUGUUUAAAAGUCUGGAAGCAGACGACGUCUUCAGGAUGGGAGUUAAAUUAAUUUUACUAGCAGAAAAUGUCCAGAUUUUCUGUUUGUGAACCUGCAGCGGUUUGCUGAUCAGGAUCCGUUUUUGUAUGUUUGCAGUGAUUAUUUAGUUUAAACCCAAUUCAGGGUCAGGUCUUGGCGCUGAUCUGGAGUUCUGGGUUGUGAGUUUUUCAGUCGGCCCAGUUUUUCUGUCUUUUUAAAGUUUUUUUCUUUGUGAAUUUUAGUUUGCAGUGAUGUAACGAGCAUCUCGGACUGAAUGUUUUUCUUUGACUGAAUAAAGAUUUUUUUAACUGAG